AUGUCAUCCACUGAGUACAAUCAGGCACAACAAACAAUCGCAGACGGAAAUUAUGGUAAAUUUGUUGCAGCACUUGAUCGAUUGAGAAACCUCAAUGCAGUUGAUGAAUACGGAAACACACUUUUACAUUGGGCUGCUGCUUAUAAAAGACUCGAGAUGGUUAAGGAAUUGAUUGAAAAGAAAAAGAUUGACAUCACCAUUAAAAACAAGACACAAAAAACUGCUUACGAUUUGGUAGUUGAUGCUUCUGCCACAGACAUGAGCUUCUUUGAAGUAAAGCAAUAUUUGAAGACUAAAUAUCAGUAA